UGAAGGAUUUAUAACGCUAAUUCUCAAAUUUGCAGCUAAAUUUUUGCGCUCUCGCUACGCACUCAGGUGGGCGGGCCGCGAGACAUCUCUCCAGUGAAGACAGUACAGUACAGUAGUUAAGAGACAACUAACUCAAUUGCUCCCCACAGUAACCGUGAUAUAUCUCCACUGUAACUCAGUAUGUACUCGCCGGCUCUCUUCCCAGCCAACUUGUAUACCCUAUGGAAUCAGGACCAGAACCGUAAAGCGGUGUCAGUGUCAUCUGGUAGUGACAAAUCAGUAUCAGCGUCCACUACCUCGAGCUCCAUCAUGGGCUCUAUCACUACCAACAGUAAUCGACCUCCGACAGCCGAACAGAUAUUGAUAGAAGAGAGGAAACAAUCUCGACUAUUGUUUGCUCCACCCUUACAGGCAUAUUCAGCAGAGGUUCCAGGAGCCAAUGCUGCUGAAUUGGAGUUCACUAUUCAAUCAACUAAUUUGUUACCAGGGUAUCGUAAUGUUCGAAAAUUUGUCACCACUACACCAUUAAUCCAGCUGAAAAUAGAUCAAUUGACAAGAAUCAGAAUGACCGGUUAUUUGUCGAUACGACCUAUUGGGAUCAAUAAGACGUUGGAGCAAAUCGAUUAUGAGAAUGCUAGGCUGUAUGCCUAUGAUGAAGACGGAGAAGGAGAUGAUCAUGAUCAUGGCCAUAACCAUUCAUAUGGUAAUGCAGCAGCAGAGAAUUCUCAUAAUCAUGUCGAUAUCCAAGAGCAGCUAGUGCAUGAUCAAGAGGAUUUGGAUGCUAAUAUAGUGGAUGGUGAUGCUGAUGCUGAUGAUGAUUAUGAGGUGGAAGAAGAAGAAGAAGAAGGAGAAGGACAAGGACAAGGAGACGCAGAAGAGCAAGUGGAUGAUACAAAUCGCAGAUACUUCCUGCAUCGUCUAGAACUGGUGCUGAUGCCACUUGAUGAUGAAGGGUUUAUGGCUGAUGAGGUGGAGUAUCAAGAUGAUCAUAGUUUAAGUGCCGAUUAUGUGAUUAAUUCUGCCGCUACUUUUGCUACCAGUAUGAAUAACACUGGUCGUAGCAUAAUUACCAAUACUACAACUAUUGCUAGUUCUAUUAGUCCUAUACAAUCACGAUUAAUUCGGGAUGAAAAUGAUGAAGAGUAUGAAACUUCCAUGGUGGUAGAAGGUAAUUAGGUACUAAAAUUUUUCUUGAUUAGUUAAUUA